ACAACAAAAAAACUGGUAACCAGUUACUGGUGACCUGUUGUAUCCACCUUACAAUGUUAAUCUGGGAGGGAAAGAUCCUAUGACGAUAGGUUGGCAGGUUUAUGUAACUUUGAUUUACAUGAUUUUAUAUUGUUAUUGCUGCUAAAUAUUGUUUAUUUAGUUGAAUUAUUUGUAAAUUGUUGAUAAACAAUGGAUAAAAGUAACCUUUACCUGCAACUGGCAAUCAUUUUAUUGGCCUUUGGAUACAGUCAAUCACUUGAUUGUUACGUGUGCUCAAGUCAUAAUAAUACUGAUUGUAGCGAGAUAUUUGAUAAAGAAAACACUAAAAUACAGCCUACAACAUGUGAUAUUUAUGAUGCAAAAUACUGUAUCAAAACUACUGGUCUUUAUGAAGGUAAAAUAGGAGUCCUUAGAUUUUGUUCAUCACGGAAAUUUGAGGAUUAUUGUGAUUACGUUAAAAGAGUAGGAGAUAGUAGGCCGCUACGAAGUUGUGUUUAUGCAUGUAGCUCCGAUGGCUGUAAUCGAGGUGAUAAAUUAUCUAAUGUCAACUCAUUGUUAGUUUUUACGAGCUCAAUCAUUUUUAUGGCAGCAUAUUUCAAAUAAGGAAAUUUUGUUCAAUUUUAUUUUUAUUGAAUAAUUGGUCUUAUGUUAAAUAAGCAGUAUCAAUUCAAUAUCCUGUGCCAUUGAUGUUUCACUAUGGAGUCAAGCUGUUCUUUUCAUAUUUUCUCACUCUACAUUUCGCAUUCAAUUCCAGUUGAUUAAUAAUUAUGCUGGUCAUAUAUUUACAAAUCAUCGCUACAUAUCCUGCUAACUUAAGAAUAUCAAUUUGCUCUGCAUUUCUGAAGAAAGUUGUACCGGCUUGCUUAUGAAUCUCAUAAUAUGCGCCAAUUUGCUGAUUGUGGAAUAAAAAACAUCUAUUUUGAGUAUGAAA